AUGGUGGCUGACAUCCUCACUAGAGAAACAAAGGAGUGGAAUGUGGAACGCAUUAACAUGUUGCUCCCGGAACUAGCCUCCCUUAUCUUUUCCAUCAAACCAAGCGUUCUUGAGAAUCGAGACUCCUUCAUAUGGCCUCUUCAGAAGUCAGGUGUCUACUCGGUUAAAUCAGGCUACUUCUCCCUUCAGGAGGCUCAAGUUAUUCAUUCUAACCUCACCUGGCUCCCAGAGAACUUUAAUUGGAAGAAAUUUGUAUGGAAUCCACCGCUUCUCCCCAAGAUUAAAUUCUUCCUUUGGAAAGCACUUCAGAUGUCUCUCCCCACCGGUGAGAAUCUCCAGAAGAGAAGCCUCCUAGCACAUACUCUCUGCUCACGCUGCGGGGAAGUGGAGUCCAUUGAUCAUAUCUUCCUCCAUUGUAGUUUCGCUGCUGAAGUUUGGAGUUUCAGCCCGUGGACCACCCAAGUUCAGAUCGAUGCUCACACAACCUUCCCCACCCUCCUGCAAUCGUCCCAAACAUGGAAGAACCUUCCCCCCUUUGGGUGCCGGGGUAAUCUAUUGCCCUGGAUCUGUUGGAAUCUCUGGAUCGCCAGGAACAAGCUCCUCUUUGAAAACCGCCUCUCAACUACCACAGAGGUCUUCCACCUAUCGAUUCGAGCGCUGAAGGAGUGGGAGCAAGCCCAAAUCGCAAAUCCUACGCUGUCUGGUCCCAGACUGAAGCCUCCCCUGCAACUCUCACCACUCCCGGAUUCCACGGUCUUCUGUAAUACUGAUGCUGCCUGGAAAUCAGACUCCGCGGGGAUCGUAUGGAUCUUUACGGAUUCAUCUUCGACUGUUUUGCAGCAAAAGACCCUGUCUCUGAACCAUGUCUCCUCCCCUUGCAUGGCUGAAGCAAUCGCCAUCAGAGGAGUGCUCCUCAACGCCGCUUCUCUACACUUCACUAACAUCUAUCUUCGCUCAGAUUCACAAGGGCUCAUCAAAGCCAUCAACCAGAAAGUUUGGACUAUCGAUCUGUAUGGAAUCCUUUCAGAUAUCGACUCUCUUGCUUUCUCUCUAUCAUCUCCGUUUUCCUUUGUUCGUUUUGUGUUUAUUCCGCAUGCUGCGAAUGAACCUGCUGACUGUUUGGCAAAGGCCCAUCUUCCUCAUUUUAUUGUAACCUAA